CUGUGCAUAUUUUAUAAAAUAGUGCACACUCGCGACGAUUGCUGUGCUCCAUUUUGUCCAUUCUGUAGGCUCAGCUCGCUGUUGACUUUGUUUUUGCUGUAGUGUGGCGGCUGCGACGUCUGCGACGGCGGUGGAGGUUCAUCUGCCGGCAAUGAGUUAAAAACGUUUACAGUCACAACGCUAUAAUUACAGAAGCCCACAAUGAACGAGGAAACUGAAAGCAAAGCGAAGGAGAAAGCAGACAGCGAAAGUGAAAGUGAAACUGUUUCCAAGGAAAAGUCCAAGGAUAACUCUCCCUCUGAGCCCGAAACUGAAAGUGAAAACAAAGAAAAGUCUGCGGAAGCAGCAAAUGAAGCUGAUAAAUCGUUGUCCAGUCAAACAGCAGGCGAUACAGAUACAAAUACAGAUACAGUCCAGGGUCAGGUCAAAGGUGAUGCCUCGCAGCAGGAUUUUGCGGACUACGAGCAGCAUGUAAGCUAUGCGGCCGAUGGUGGCGCCAUCUACACGGAUCCCAGCACAAAGCAAAAAUACAAAUGGUGCAGCACGCAAAACAACUGGCAACCUCUCAGUGAGGAUGAGGCGGCAACUGCGGGAAAUCUCUAUGAGAACGAGCAUUACAAAUGGUGCCACGAGAAGCAACAAUGGAUACCCAAGCAGACCAAUCCCACAACAACUGAAACGGAGCACUACAAAUGGGAUGAGGAGCAGCAAAAGUGGUUGCCAAAGCAAACACAGUCAGCUCCUGGCCAGGAUGUUGUCUAUGGCGUCGAUGAGAACGGCGAUCGUACGAAAACCGACAAAGAUGGUGCCGUCUUCUUUUGGGAUGCCAGCAAAUCCGCUUGGUUUCCCAAGAUUGAUGAUGAUUUUAUGGCACGUUAUCAGAUGAACUAUGGAUUCAUUGACAACACGAGCGCGGGGGAGCGUGAGAAGGCGGAACGCGAGGCAGCUGAAGAGAAACGCAAGGAGGAGGAACUGAAGCGGAUGACAGCCGAGGCACAGGCGGCCAUGAAUGCUCCGAUUGAGGGCAGCAAGGAUGCUGUUCCAUCAACGGCAACUGCUGGCAAGCGAAAAGCACAAGAACCGCCCAAAUGGUUUGAAGUGGAUCCGACGCAGAACACCAAAGUCUAUGUCUCCAAUUUACCACUGGACAUCAACAUGGAAGAGUUUGCCGAGCUGAUGAGCAAGUGCGGUCUGGUCAUGCGAGAUCCUCAAACCCAAAAAUACAAACUGAAAUUGUAUACCGAAAAGGAUGGACAAAUUAAAGGAGAUGGACUGUGUGAUUAUAUCAAGGUGGAAUCCGUAAAUUUAGCUCUGGAGAUACUCGAUGAGUAUGAUCUGCGUGGUCAUAAAAUACGCGUGCAGCGCGCGCAGUUUCAAAUGCGUGGUGAAUACAAUCCGGCGCUGAAACCCAAGCGCAAGAAGAAGGACAAGGAAAAGUUGCAGAAAAUUAAAGAAAAAUUAUUUGAUUGGCGACCCGAUAAAAUGCGCGGAGAACGUUCGAAAAAUGAGAAAACGGUCAUCAUUAAAAAUCUCUUUACGCCGGAGCUGUUUGAAAAGGAGGUGGAGCUCAUCUUGGAGUAUCAGAACAAUUUGCGCGAGGAGUGCGGAAAAUGCGGCAUAGUGCGCAAAGUUGUUAUUUAUGAUCGGCAUCCCGAGGGCAUAGCCCAGGUGAACAUGUCCACGCCAGAGGAAGCCGAUGUGGUUAUACAAAUGAUGCAGGGUCGUUACUUUGGACAGCGCCAACUUAGCGCUGAGCACUGGGAUGGCAAAACUAAAUACAAAAUCGAUGAAUCAGCCGCUGAGGCUCAGGAACGACUGUCUAAAUGGGAUGAGUAUCUGGCAGCUGAGGAUGCAGCCAAGCAGGAGGCAGAGGAAGCGAAAGAGGAAGGGGAGUCGGAAGAGGCGCCUAGCAGCAGUCCUCCGGCAUCUGAGGCCAUUGCCUAAGUUUGUUUUUAUUUAGUUUUCUGUGCGUACCUGCGAUCCUUGCCACGUCGAUCGAUGACCUCCAGUACAACCUCAUUGGCCAGCGAAUUGGGAUAGGUGACAUUCCAACGAUUGUAGAUCUUAUAACGAUUCGCCUCACUCACUUUUGGCAUCUUGUGCUGGCAAAUGAAACGCAAUUUGUCCGGGCAGGAGCGAGCGGACCAACGAUACUUCAAAUUUGGAUCGUAGACAGCGCAAUUGUUUUCCAAUGGCUUGCUGUUGGAGAUAAGUUGCACAUAGCUAAAAUUGUUGCUUUCACAUUAAACGACAUCCUCCAAUAAACAAACAACAAAAUUCAUUC